GACCUUGGGGAGUCGGCACGCAUCGAAGCUCUGUAAUCCUAGAGACAACAGAAUGAUGUUUUACAUGAUGAUUGUCCUCGCUGUUGGGGCAGCUUCUGUCCGUGGAGGAGGCCAGGAUGAUGAGCUCAACGGACAAUGCAAUGGUACUAAACCUACUACAGUAAACUGCGAAGACCCACAAGAUAUGUUCUUCUUCGACCCUGAGAGCAGAACGUGCCAGGAAGCAAACGGUUGUGCAACGAGCGACAACAUUUUCAUUUCGGAGCAGCACUGCCGUUACACCUGCGCCCGUCCAAGUGUCCCCGACGAAUCAUGCAAGGGUGCUAAACCUACUACAGUAAACUGCAACAACCCAGAAGAGGUGUCCUUCUUCGACCCUGAGACCAAAAGGUGCGAGCGAAUAGCGGGUUGUCGAUCGAGCAACAACUAUUUCCCUUCGAGGGAGGAGUGCCACUUCGUCUGCGGUGGUGACAUGGCAUAAGCCUCGGGUGGCAACGACAGCAAGCGCAUCGUAAAGCCAUCCUGCGGUGCGAACGUCUGUGGAGCUCACCAGGGAAACAUGUACAACAAAUAAAUGCACGUUGUUGGA